AUGUCUUGCGUUGAUGAUGAUGAUGAUGAUGAUGAUGAUGAGUCUGGGAUCAGACUGGACCCCUGGGACCACCGCGCCAUCGAGUACGUGAUGGUGCCCAAGUCGCAGUACCUCUCGCUGUACCGGGCGAACCGGCUGCUGCGCGACCCGUGCUGCUGCCAGGGCCUGGGCAAGGCCCGCAAGCUCUGUGACAACUGCCUGCAGCCGACCGUCAUCCUGCGCUCUCCGUCACCAGCCGUCUCCGUGCUGCCCACCUCGGAGCCGAGACACUCUCCAGCCACGGGCAGUCUGCAGACGAGGCGCGCCCGAGCUCCGGCUGCGUCACCGACCCGGGCACAAACUUUGCUGCCACGUCUGUCUAAAAGCAAACAGGCUGAACAGCAGACGGCCGGUCGCCCCCCACACUUUUCCAGCCAGGAGCUGCUUCUGGACUGCGUUCCUCGUGAGCAUCCGAUCAGACAGAAGGCUCACAGCUCGUCGGCGGCGCUCGUGCUGGCCGUGUGA